AUGGUACGUCUUAAAAACUGUGAUUGUUGCUUCCUGAAAAUAUCCUAUUCAUCAGUGCCAACAGAGACCCCAAAGCACCCCAUCAUCCUCGCACAUGGCCUGCUUGGAUUUGAUGAACUACGACUUGCUGGGCCUUUUCUCCCAGGAGUCCAGUACUGGCGUGGUAUUAAGGAGGCGCUCUCAAUGAAAGGCGUUGAGGUUAUCACCGCGACUGUGCCGCCAUCGGCAUCUAUUGAAAUGCGAGCGAAAGCACUAGCAGAGACGAUAACGUCUGCGGCGCCGGGGAGAGAAGUAAAUAUAGUCGCCGGGCUUGAUUCCCGAUAUAUGAUCACGCAUUUAAAACCCAAAGACUUCAAGGUCUUGUCGUUGACCACCAUCGCUACUCCACAUAGGGCAGGUUCAGCAGUAGCAGAUUAUGUAUUUCAGCAGAUAGGCGAUGAGCGCUUAGCCCAGCUCUACUACGUUCUCGAACAGAUCAAGGUCGAGACCGGGGCAUUUUCUCAGCUGACCCGCGAAUAUAUGGAGAAAUCAUUCAACCCUUCUACGCCAGAUGUGGAGGAUGUUCGUUAUUUUUCCUAUGGGGCGGUAAUGGAGGAACGGUUCUGGUCAAUGUUCCGGUUGUCCCACCGUCUCCUUCAACAAAUCGAAGGAUACAAUGACGGACUGGUCAGCGUAGCGAGUAGCAAGUGGGGAGGAGAACAGGGCUACAAGGGGACUCUAAUGGGCGUGAGCCACUUGGACCUCAUUAAUUGGAGUAACCGACUCAAGUGGCUUGCUGGCGAGCUCACUGGCCAGAAACCGAAGUUCAAUGCCGUUGCCUUUUACUUGGACAUUGCUGAUAUGAUUGCCAAGGAGGGACUCUGA